GGCGCUCAAGGUAGGCUUGUUCAAGUCAUCCUCACCGCCGCCUCCUUCGAUGUCUACCAGUGGUACCGCAUUGGCCAGGUAACUUUAAUUUAACAUCAUUGGGCUCACGUUUUGGGCUCCAAACAGCGGGCCAGGAAACCCCAGGGGAGGAUCCUCUGGUUACUGGGAAGUAUGCCGUCUCGUAUGUGAGAGGGGUUCAAGGGGAUAGCUUCCAUGGCGGGAAGCUUACUGGGCAUCUGCAGGCUUCCGCUUGCUGCAAGCAUUUCCCUGUUGUUGUUUAAUGAAAUGAAGAUUAAGGGGAUUGAGUUGGAUAGAGUUUUGUACAACCAUUGCUCUCAGUUUAUGUUAACCUUGGUAAGCUUGAGGAGGCUCUGGACGUCUACAAGGAGAUGCAAACUUUUGGAUUUGACGAGAUAUUGUUACUUAUAAUGCACUCAUAAACCUGCCAUUCACAAACACGGUAAAACAAUCCACAAAAAGCGUACCAGAAACCUCCCAAUCCAUACCACAAAUCCCCUAAAACAAACCAAAAACCCCA